UUUGUCUCAUUGACUCCAUCUUAUCUAUCCCUCUUCUUCUACGGUACUUGAUAGCUCUUGGACAAACCUUGAGCUUGGCCGUUUUCUUUCCCGGGGCGUCCGUUUUCAAAACGGCCCCCUCUGACUCGCCGUCCUUCACACCCAGUCUAUUGUACUCUUACUAUGACGGGACGAAGCGGGAGCUCAGAUGGGACGUUUUACUUUCAGGCCUGGAACACCGGCAAGGUGGUGACGGCAGAGUCAUGGGUCCAGAAUAAGGGCCUCGCCGACUUUGUCGAGCAGAACCUCAGCGCCGAGGCAAAGCAGUGGCUCUUCGUCAAGGGCUGCGUGCCCACCAAGGAGCUGACCGGGCUUGCCAUUCCCUACUCUAUCGCCGUCAAGCUUCGUGCCGCAAAAUCUGGGCAGGACCCAAAGGAUGCGGUCAAGGCUCUCUUCAAGUUCCGCAACAAGGAGUUCCCCGACCUUGCCCGGGUCUACUUCAAGACCAGACUGCACAAGUCGCUCGACUGGUUCAAUGCCUUCUCCGAGGGCGCAGAGUCCGAUCCGCUUGUGGCCGACUUCAACGUGGUCAAGUCCUCCAAGAAGUUAAAGGACAAGGUCCGGUCAGCCAUCAAGUUUGUCAAAAAGGACGUCUGGGGCGACCUUAAGAAUGGAUUAAUCGGUGGCAUUAGUUCAAAGUCAGAGUUCAAGGCAGCUCGGUUCAUCGCGAAGCGAGGCCAAGGUAUGUACAGGGCCUUUGAGGAGAGCGACAUUGGUGUCUUCGGGGACAUAGGGGAAGCCGACGUCGUUAACAUAUGCCUCGACUUUUCAGACCCUACCUUGAAUCCCCAUGUUCUGCCCACUGCACCGCUCCAGAGCCCCUUUUCACUGCCGGACUUGAGCUCUGCCCCUCUUCAGCCGGGCCUGAGCUCUGUUGCUGUUCAGCCGGAUUUGAGCUCUGCUGCUGUUCAGCCGCCCGUGCUCCCUCCUCGGCGCAGAACGGACUCGGAUGCCUCCGAUCUCACCGUCGGGUCCACGGUUGCGUCGGUCUCUGAUGCCAGCUCCAUGGCUUCUGUCGACACCGCCCAGUCAUCCAUCUAUGGUGAGGAUGCCUCUGAGCUUCAUCACUACGCAAAGGAGGGCCACUCCGAGCUGUCGCCUGUUCCGGAAGAGGAUGAGCCAGCACUCGCCCCUCCGACUGCCACGAAGAGUGACCCUAUGGUGGAUGCCGACGUUGAGGUUCCGGCUGUUGCGACGCCCGCCGAUGCGUCGGAGGCAUCGUGCCAGGACAUUACGACGGAGCCCAUAGAGGUCGCAGACGUCACCGUCACCCCCGUCGCGGACGUGACAGACGUCGUCGCAGGCGCCACGGACAUUACAGAAGUCAUCAACGCUACGACUCAACCGGCUGCCGUGGCUCCUGUAUCAUCUAGCAUUGUUGCGACCCGAAGAAAGAUGAGCUGCGUCCUGUCUUCUCAAAACACAAAAACGGCCUACUUUGUUGUGCAAAAUGCCGGCAACUGGCUCAAAUACCUGACGGCCAACCAUGCCCAGAGCGCCCAACAGCUGCGAUCCGCCUUUUUCGAUUCGCCCAUUGUUCUCGCCGCAAACCUUUCUCCCGUGCAGGCUCUCACGCCUGACGGGAUGAUGCGUGUGUACUUUAUGUCACAGGCUCGGAAGCAGCUCGAGGAUGGGGUGCCUCGCAACGAGAAGAAUCGCGCUGUCCGCGCUCGCAAAGGCAAGUCUGUUCGCGAAUGGAUCGUCGGGAGCGCCAAGGUGUCCACUCGCACCUUGAAGCAUCUUGGCCAGCAGCUUGGAAAGAGAAACGCCAGACUCCUACCGCCCGCGGUGCGCAAGGUCGACUCGGUCGUCGGUCCCAACAACCGACUGAUAGAGAUGACCCCUGCGCCAGGCGUUCCUCAGGCCAUCCUGGUCACAACGCCCCAUCCUGUCGAGGAUGUCCGGGAGGGCGACAUUGUCCAGGAAGAGCGAGACGACGGCUUCGUUCACAUUGAGAGCAACAUUGUCAACAGGCCCGUGGAGGUGGUGACCGACAGGGUUACUACUGGUGCCGAGAGGAAGGUCAAGGGAGAGAGGAGGCGGCGUCUCAAGGGCAAGGGCAAACUCAGAGCGGAGACGGCCAAGGUCAGGAAUACGACCAAGAUGGACACGACAAACACACCUGCAGGCGCAAGGGCAGAUGUCAUCACAGACUCCACGGUCGAUGCCAACAGCGCCCCGCCUCGCAAACCGUCCAAGGUAUAUACUCCUCCUUUCAGUCGAAAAGCCUGGCGAGAUGUAGAGCCUCAAGAGCCGCAGGUCAUCUACGACGUCAUGAGCGGAUACGACUUUUUGCAGGUGGAAGACGUCCAGGUCUUUUCCUUUUCGACCUCGUCGCACGACAUGAUGCUGCGCACCUCUCCCCCUCCCGCUCCCGUUGCUCCUGUUACACCGGCAGUGGUUGAGGAGGGCGAGGGCCUCGGCAUCUGGUCACCUCCAGCUGUUGUAGGCAUUUUCUCCUGGAUGUGGGAUCAUUUGUCUCCAGGACCGUCACACAGGUGGAUGAUGAAAUGA